CACUGAAGUAUAAAAGGCAGGCAUGGAAGAAGUGGGGUGUACUGUGGUGUUAUCUGGGUGAAAAUUUUUUAUUUGUGUGGACAGGCUUAAUUUGGGGACAAUGUCUAUCAGAAAGAUCCACGCUCGUGAAAUUUUGGACUCUCGUGGUAACCCCACAGUGGAGGUUGACUUGCACACUGACAAAGGUCUCUUCCGGGCAGCUGUUCCUAGUGGUGCAUCAACAGGCAUCUAUGAAGCUCUUGAGCUACGAGAUGGGGACAAGGCUCGGUACUUGGGCAAAGGUGUUACAAAGGCAGUAGAGCACAUCAACACCACAAUUUCACCAGCUAUUUUUGAAAAGAAACUGAAUGUUGUGGAACAGGAGGUGGUGGACAAGUUCAUGCUAGAGCUUGAUGGAACAGAAAAUAAAUCAAACUUUGGUGCAAAUGCAAUCCUGGGAGUUUCAUUAGCUGUCUGCAAAGCUGGUGCUGCUGAGAAGGGUGUCCCACUCUACCGCCAUAUUGCUGACUUGGCUGGGAAUGAAGAUAUUAUCUUGCCUGUUCCUGCCUUUAAUGUAAUCAAUGGAGGUUCCCAUGCUGGCAACAAGCUAGCUAUGCAGGAGUUCAUGAUCUUACCAGUAGGGGCAUCCAGCUUUAAGGAAGCCAUGCGCAUCGGUGCAGAGGUCUACCACAACCUGAAGGAUGUAAUCAAGGAGAAGUAUGGAAAGGAUGCCACUAAUGUGGGUGACGAGGGUGGCUUUGCACCCAACAUCUUGGAAAACAAUGAAGCUUUGGAGCUCCUGAAAUCUGCUAUUGAGAAGGCUGGCUAUCCUGACAAGAUUGUGAUUGGCAUGGAUGUAGCUGCUUCUGAAUUCUACCGCAAUGGAAAGUAUGACCUGGACUUCAAGUCACCAGAUGACCCCAGCCGUUACAUCACUGGGGAGCAACUUGGCAACAUUUACAAAGGCUUCAUUGAUAAUUACCCAGUUGUCUCCAUUGAAGACCCCUUUGAACAAGAUGACUGGGAAAACUGGAAAUUGCUGACCAGUAGUGUGAAUAUCCAGAUCGUAGGGGAUGACCUGACAGUUACCAACCCAAAGAGAAUUCAGAAAGCUGUGGAAGAGAAGGCCUGCAACUGUUUACUAUUGAAGGUCAACCAGAUUGGCUCUGUCACAGAAGCAAUCCAGGCCUGUAAGUUGGCCCAGCAGAAUGGUUGGGGAGUCAUGGUUAGUCAUCGGUCAGGAGAAACUGAGGAUACAUUCAUUGCUGACCUUGUAGUGGGACUCUGCACUGGACAGAUCAAAACUGGUGCCCCUUGCAGAUCUGAACGUUUGGCAAAAUAUAACCAGCUACUGAGGAUUGAGGAAGAGCUUGGUGAUGCUCACUUUGCAGGACAAGAUUUCCGAAACCCAAAGGCUAGAAAGAGUGCUGCACCAGCUUUAGUAAAUGUACAAUCCGAAUAGUGAUGCCUGCUUAAGCCUGUUGGUUUUGAGAUUAAAAUUAAAAUUCCUCAAACUAC